CCGCCGCCACUGCCACUGCCACUGCCGCCCAUGCACCCAUCGCAGGUCUCGCUGGCGGCGUCGCAGGUGAUAUCGACGCCCAUUAUUGGGCCCAUGUCGCCGUCGUAUGUCCACAUCCCAAUGGCACCCGGGCUUUCCGCUGUCAACGGCGCUGGGGAGGAAGCAAAUGCUUUAAAGGCUGCCAGCCAUAUUGCAACUGUCAUGCCGCAGCGCCGCCGCCUGCGCAACCAGACCUUGCCUGCGCUGGGGAUUUACCACCCGCAGGUGGCCGAUGUCUCGUCAGCCACUGUAGACACGACAGGAAACAGCAGCAGCACCUGCCAGCGCACCCUUGCUGGCUCGGUCGAUAAUAUUGUUUUGCAGUCGUACUCAAACUACUCGUGCCGCGGCACAGGAGACAGCGAGGACAUGGUGAUUUCGUCGCCGCAGGCGCAGCAAUUCUCCAAGUUCGAAGUAGGCUCGGCCACCCUGACCUACAGCAACAGCAGCAGCUACUGCAGCGAUGCCGUAUCAGCAGCAACAACCUUUGCUGGCACCACGCUGUCUGCCAACACCGUGCGCCCGCCGCCGCCGCCGCAUCAGCUCCACAACGAGACCUACGGUGACAUGGACAUGUCUGAUUCGGACAUCAGCUACUCCGAGCAUUCGCCAGAGUUCCCGCGGCAUAUAGCCGAGAGCUCCGGCUCCACGCUCUUCCAUCCGCCACCGGUAGUGUCGCAGUCUCUGCCGCAGAUGCAGCAGGCAGUGGCAGCGACAGCAUCUGCGGCAAUGAGAAGCGCGGAUCCACAGGCUGCCGCCCCGCUGCGAGUGCGCAUGUCCCGUGUCUCGACAGGCUUGCGCAUGCCAGCGCCGGUUUUUGAGGUUGGCUCGGCUAAGCUCACCUACGGAAACACCGAGGCAUAUGCUGCCUCUACUGCCGAACGGACUUUGCCCAAGCCAAUGCACCUGAAGUCGCAGAAUGAGCUGAGGACGUGGGGGUUCCAGUCCGACCAGUGGCACUCGUACGGCACAACGGGCCAUCUGCUGCCCAUGCGCAGCUGGCAGCCCGUGGACGCCGACGAGCCCUCAAGUGCCAAUUCUACGGACUCAUUCUGCAUUGUCAAUCAUGAACCAAUGCCGCCGCCGCCGCCGCCAGCAUUGCCGCCGAAAACGCAGGCAUUGAGGAAGCAAACGCUAGGUCGGUCGGUCUUUUCCGGAAGAGCUGCUAGUUCAUACAAUUCUUAACCAUGUGUUUUCUUUUUCUUUUCCACUUUCAUGUAGCUAAUUUUUUAUUUUUAUUUUUUAUUUUUCUUCUCCCCUGUCCUUUCCUUUCCAUUCCAUUUCUCCUUUUCGAUUCCUCUAUUAUAAU